AUCCCCCUGUUCCCCCCUCUUAUUUCCUCUGCAGGGGACACAGAGACCAAACCGGACGACUCCCCCUGUAAAGACUCGGGUGCCCAUGUCUGCAGUAGAUGUUGCGCAGAGUUCUUUGAACUAUCGGAUCUUGAACAACACCAGAAGAAUUGCACUAAGAAUCAAUUAGUUCUAAUUGUGAAUGAAAAUCCAGUGUCUCCUUCCGGAACCUUCUCCCCAGGCUCCUCUCCUCAUAAUCCUGAUGAGCAGAUGAAUGAUACAACUAAUAACACAGAUCAAGCAGAGUUGACCGACCUUUUGGAGCAGAACGUACUUGACAAAGAGGAGGCCAUGGACACUGAGAUGUCAGGAGUCUCUGCACCUCAUAAUGAUGGAAGUGGAUGUAUGGCAGGUGGCAGCCCACUCAGUGGCGUUGGAAGCAGCCAUGGAGCUCUGGGCAGCACUGGGUCCAAUCUGGGGAACUCUGUUAUCUCUGCCUCACUACCUCAGCUGGGUAACUUGACUGAGCUGGGUAAUUUUUCCAUGAUCAACAGCAACGUCAUUAUUGAAAACCUACAGAGCACCAAAGUGGCAGUGGCCCAGUUCUCUCAAGAGACCAGAGCAGCGGGAGGGCAAAGAGUGGCUGUGCCAGCCCUCAUGGAGCAGCUUUUGGCCCUACAGCAGCAGCAGAUCCAUCAGCUACAGCUCAUCGAGCAGAUUCGUCACCAGAUUCUUAUGCUAGCCUCACAGUCACCUGAGAUCCAAGCACCGCCUAAUUCUUCCCAUGUGACUUUAGGUUCAGGUACUAGCCCACUAACCACUCUUAGUUCCCAUUUGUCUCAACAGUUGGCAGCUGCUGCAGGGUUAGCACAGAGCAUAGCUAGCCAGUCUGCAAGCAUUAGCAGUUUGAAACAGAUGGCUAAUGUUGUGCAGCUACCUCAGAACAAUUCCAGUGUGGGAGAGUCAUCUCAAAACCUUGGAGCAGCAGGACCAGCUACAGUUAAUGCCCCACCUUCAGACAAGAGGCCAGGUAAUGCAGGAAGCUUGCAUCCUCAGUUGGGAAAUCCAUCACUGGCGAAGUCAUCCACACCAGCCUUUGCAAUGGGAAGCCUAUUGAAUCCUGUGGCUAAUACCCUUCUACCUCAGCCUCCACCAGGCAACCCAAUAUUUUCCAGUGCACUGCCCAGUGUCGGUACCACAGUUGAGGAUCUCAACUCACUGGCUGCACUUGCUCAGCAAAGAAAAGGCAAGCCACCUAAUGUAUCUUCUUUUGAACCGAAGAGUAGCUCUGAGGAAACAUUUUUUAAGCAUAAGUGCAGGUUUUGUGGCAAGGUGUUUGGUAGUGACAGUGCUUUGCAGAUUCACUUACGUUCUCACACGGGUGAGAGGCCAUACAAAUGCAACAUAUGUGGCAACCGCUUUUCCACACGCGGUAACUUGAAGGUUCAUUUUCAGCGUCAUAAAGAGAAGUAUCCACACAUUCAGAUGAACCCAUAUCCUGUACCAGAACAUCUAGACAAUAUUCCUACGAGUACUGGCAUUCCCUUUGGUAUGUCUAUGCCUCCCGAGAAGCCAGUGACUAGCUGGCUCGAUAGUAAACCUGUUCUGUCUACUCUGACAUCUUCUGUUGGCAUGUUACUUCCACCAACUAUACCAAGCCUGCCUCCAUUCAUCAAGAAGGAAGAUAAUAGCUCAAUGGCUAUAAGCAGCCCUUCUCAUUCUGCUAAAAGCGACUCAGGUCCUGCUGAUGCACUUAUGAGGAACACAGAUAAUGUGUUGGAAGAAGGGGAGAGCACAACCCUGCCUACCUCAUAUGAAAAAGUUGAAGAAAACAACCAUUCAUCCAGUCUAACGACAAACAUGAGCUCUGCAGUGGAGGGUACCAUUGAGUACACCACCUCCAACAGCCCUCCCAUGGCCACUAAUCCACUCAUGCCCCUGAUGUCAGAACAGUUCAAAGCUAAGUUUCCUUUCGGGGGUCUCCUUGAUCCUCUCCAAGGUUCAGAAACAUCUAAGCUUCAGCAACUCGUUGAGAACAUCGACAGGAAAGUGACAGACCCUAAUGAGUGCGUUAUCUGCCACCGUGUUCUUAGCUGCCAGAGUGCACUCAAAAUGCACUACCGCACACACACCGGGGAGAGGCCUUUCAAAUGUAAAGUGUGUGGUCGUGCCUUCACCACCAAGGGCAAUCUCAAGACUCAUUACAGUGUCCAUCGAGCUAUGCCGCCACUGAGGGUCCAGCAUUCUUGUCCUAUUUGCCAGAAGAAGUUCACAAACGCUGUGGUACUUCAGCAGCACAUUCGCAUGCAUAUGGGUGGCCAGAUCCCUAACACCCCUCUUCCUGACAACUAUCCAGAAUCCAUGGGAUCCGAUGCUGGCUCAUUCGAUGAAAGAAACUUUGAUGAUCUUGAAAACUUCUCUGAUGAAAAUAUGGAAGGAAUCGAGGAUGGACCAGACAGCAGCAUUCCAGACACACCAAAGUCAGUUGAUGCAUCUCAAGACAGCCUCUGUUCAUCCCCUACUCCACAGGAGUCAUUACGCAUGGAGAGCCAAGAGAAGAGUGCCAAUCAGGGAGCAGAAGAAGAAGUGCAGUGUGACCAAGGGAAAUUAAUGGAGAACGGAGUAAUGGAAGGAGACAGACUCACAAAUGACUCCUCUUCUCUUGGAGGCGACAUCGAAAGCCAAAGUGCCGGAAGUCCAGCUGUCUCUGAAUCUACCUCUUCCAUGCAAGCUCCAUCACCCUCUUAUGGUACUAUCCAACAGCAAAAGUCUCCUAGUCUGGAGGACCGGCAGCAGAGGGCAUUGUCAUUGGACUACAUUAGUGUGGGUCUCAUGCAGUCUCAUUCUCACAGUCCUGGAGCUCUGGAUCUUACUUCAAUUAACUCAUCAAAAGAUCCUCUUAGCAUGCUUUUCCCCUUCCGUGAGCGAGGCACCUUGAAGAAUACAGCAUGUGACAUCUGUGGCAAAAUGUUUGCCUGCCAGAGUGCCUUGGACAUCCAUUACCGAAGCCAUACCAAAGAGAGACCGUUCAUUUGCACAGCAUGCAACCGGGGCUUUUCCACCAAGGGGAACUUGAAGCAACAUAUGCUGACCCACCAGAUGCGAGAUUUGCCCUCCCAGCUCUUUGAGCCUAACACCAGUCUUGCCUCCAGCCCAACUCCAUCGCUUCUAUCUGUUGGACCCUUGUCCUCAAUGAUGAAGGCUGAGGUCAAUGGCUUUCUGCAUGGCCUUCAACCUGAAGUAAAAGACUUGCCCCCAGCACUGGUGACCUCAUCUGCUUCCACCUCUCCAGUACUUUCGGCCGCCCCACCACGGAGGACGCCUAAGCAGCACUACUGUAACACUUGUGGGAAGACAUUCUCCUCCUCCAGUGCCCUGCAAAUCCACGAGAGAACCCAUACGGGAGAGAAGCCCUUUGCUUGCACAAUCUGUGGACGAGCAUUUACCACCAAAGGAAAUCUCAAGGUAAUUACUGCUGUAUAUAAGAAGAAAAUUAUUUUCUCUGUUUUUUUAUGAAAUACGUUAUUUGAACUUUUUACUUGAUGUUAUUUUGCUAUUCAUGUGUGUGAAAAGCCAGCCAAAAUAGGGAUUGAUCAUAUAAACAAGUAUUGAUGAGGGAAAAUAAGUAGAAUGCUUUGUGAAUAAUAAGGGGGGAAAGUGAAAAGCACAAGCAUGCAUAAAGAAAUUAUACAGAAAGUAUACAAUUAUAAAGAAAGUAUACAGAAAUAAUAAAGAGGAAGUGGAAAUGGUGAGUCAUCCAAUUAAUAUGAAUAUUGGGCUGAAACUUGAACUUGAAAUUGGUAGAACAAAGCCAAGAAUGCUUCACUUAACAGGCCUUAACCAUAGUUACCAACGGUAACCACCCUUAGCAGUGGCAUGCUAACUAUUUUUCCAGAGUUUAUCUUUGAUCGCAAUAAAUAAAUAGGCCAAGCACACAGAUAAACAGAAUCCUGGGGGGUUUAUAUGGAUAUGUGAUUGCACUAAUUUGUGUGAAAUGUGACUCGCAAUAGGCAUAAUUUUCAGGAAGAAAUG